UUUGCCUGGCGGGGAUCACUGGUUGCGGGACAAAGUCCAAGAAUAAUUUUGCCUCCCAUUGAGCAUGGCACGUGCCAACUUGCAUCUAGACCCCUUGUUUCUGAGCUGAUUCUCCGACAAACCUCUAUUCUCUGAGUGCACAUAGAUCCCGAUUUCUGGAAGGCGUACCAUUUUGCUGAAUCAAGCAGACAAAGGAUGAAGGACAGUGUGAAGUUCAAUAGACAGGGUUUUUACCGCCAACUUGCGGUGUGCACUGUUGAAGGCUUAGAUCAUGGCAUUUGAGUUGCGCAAUGGUCAUGCGCAGGGAGAAUCGCCUGCAGGUCCGUCGCAGGCGAUUGUUGAUGUAGAUCAAUUGUCUGAGGAAGUGGAUAAAUUGGAGAGAACGGCAUAUCAAGAGGUUCAGCCCGGGUCGACUGAACUGCCUAGCUUCUACAAGGUCAUAAAGACCUUGAUGUGGAUUAAAGAUAACCGCACUCCUCCGGUGUACAGAGAGGCUCUUGAAGAGUGGGAGAAGAGGUCGAAAGUGUUUGCCUCCAGUAUUGAGCGGAAGACGAAGCAGAUUGAAUCUCUUAAGAACGAGAUUUACAAUCUGGUAGGGUUCUACAGCGUGUUCCAAGGUGUGGUGUUCACAGCUGUGGCUCAGGGGAAUGAAAAAUGGCUCACGUGCUACAAGGUUGCAAUCCCUAUUACGCUAUCAUUGCUCGCUUCUCUCGUCAGUUUCAUUGGUAUUUGGGAGAAGCUUAAAAAGAUUCAGUUUCACGAGGGAAGAAUUAACAGUGAUCUCAGCUACAAACAGACCCUAGAGCGUUUCGAGAAAAAACUUCUAGAUGAUGCCAAGAACUUCAGAUUUGCGAAGCUCAAAGCUGUAGGUACACAGCCUAAAGAAACUGCCUGGGGCACCUACUUCGGCGCUGUGGCUUUGCUUGUAGUCUCAUUAUUUCUCCCCAGUUCAUUUUAUUGGAUGUUGUGCUUGCACUAAAUCAUCACGACCGGCUCGACACCGAAAUCAAAUAGCCAUUUACACUCUCUGAACCUGAAGUACGAUAGAUACUGGUACGUUUACGAUAAACUUUGCCAAAUCGCUUGUAUCCAGUGACCCUUUUCAAAGCUUUAUUUGCUUCAGAUCCUGUGUAGAGGAUGAGUGCAUCUGAUGCAUUGGUGAUGUCUUAGGCUGAAAAUCCGACGGAUUGUGAACUUUCAAUGUGUACGCACCACAUUUUUAUGCAGCAGUGCACUCAAUAUGUCGUUGGGUUAGCAAGUUUUCUUUCGUGUCUAGAAAGAAAACAAUCCACUGCUUUUGACAUUGCUUAGGUUACGUCUUGAUCCGAGAUUCGGACAUGGAUUUGAAGAAUUACAAGGUUUUUACUUAUACUUCACUUACAUACUUACAUUGUAUAAGUAAAAACCUUAAAAUUCUCUAAUUCUUUCACUGUCAUUUUAUGAUAUUUUUCAGUUCUAUAUUUUAAAAUAGCGGUUUUAUAAUGUACUAAAUAUUGGGCUACUGUGGGUUGACUUAUAUUUAUAAAACACUGCUUCCAGUCUA